ACCUAAUCUCACAAGGGGGAUUCCCUAAAGCUCAAGGGGACAAGAGGGUGACGACACAGGGGAAGCCCCAGGGCUGGCUAGAGAAGGUUGAGGCCGCGGGCGGAGCAAGCCAGAUUGUGAGAUUUGGCGUCCUGGGAGGCAGAGCUUCAAACAGACAGCUACUCCACUGCGUCUCUGCGCUCAGCCGUGGCCAGCCCCGCUCCCCAAGCCAUGUGCCUGCUGCAGCUCCUCAUCCUGAGCAGCGCCUGGUGCUUGGCGCCGGCGACCCAGGUGGUGGAGGUGAUUUCUUCAGAGAAUGCUCUCCUGACCUGUACAAUCCCCUGGAACCCUCAGACCCCUUACACAAUGAUCUUCUGGGAUAAGAUUAACGAACAAAAUGGAGAACUGACUAAGAUGCUGGGUAUGAACCUAAGCCUUAGUGAUCAGACAGAGAUAAAUGACUCAUUAGAGGCCUGUCCUUCCGAAAAAUGUUCUCUAAAGAUCAUAAAUGCUACCUGCCAGCAUGUUGGGACUUACAGAUGUACUUUGUGGGCACUGGGAGAAGAAAACAGCCCAAGUGACACAGUUGAACUGAAAGUGGCAGGUUGUACCAUGGAAUCUGAGGGUGACAAGUUUAAGAAACACCAAACUGAAGUUUUCUUGCUGUUGUUUCUUGCGAUGUUUUAUGUAUUUCUCAUCGUUUUUACCUGUAAAUUUGCCAGACUACAGAACAUAUUUCCAGAUACCAACAAACAAGGCAUAGAACGAAUUUUUCUCCAUGUCACCUUCCAAAAUAAGAAAAGUGUUCAACAGAUGGGUCCAACAACAGGUCAGAAGAUAGACUUGGUCUGAGCUUUCCUUCCAUGGGCUGUUGUUAGAACACCAAGAAUUCUCAACCUUUCAUGGUUCUUUGGUCAACCAAAAGAACAAAGACACUCCUGUGAAGGGGACAGCAUCGCUCACCAUUCUUGAGAUGACUGAGAAUGGGUCCACAGUACCCAUCUUGAACAUACCUUAGGAUGGACCAACCCAUUGUUCAUAUACUUUUGAGCUUCUGAUACAGAGCUUUGGAAAUAUGGAAGCAUCAUCUCUUAGGAUGAUCCCUACUACCAACAUCUCCUUAAGGAUCUCCAUUAAGCUGUGUACUCUGCUCAUUGGCCAACCAUGUGAAAACUUCUCCUUUUGGAGAAGAUGAGUAUUGACCUAAGGACUUCUUAUGGCACCUACUCAGUGAGACAUUAUUGAAAAGCGCUUUUAUGAAAAGUGAAUGUAUGAGACUUGCUCUUGCUUGGAAUUCAGAGACUUGAUUCCCUGAGGGCAGACAGCUAUCUGCCCAUAUCUCAGAGGGACAUCUUGAAAGCUGCUUGAAUUUUGUUACACUGAUACAGAUGUUUCCUCUAUUGGAGAAGACUGACAAGUCUCGCUAAGAUGUGGUGGCAACAGCUAGUAAAUAACUCUCUGGCUUGGGGGCCCCACCAUUAUGUGUAUUAUGUGUACAUUGAAAUAACAGGUCAAUGAGCCAAUUUUUGGUAAUGCCUUUUCAUCAGAGAAAGGCAUUUUCAAGGAAACUGUGAAGAAAGAUGCCAUGUUGGAAGAACACACGCCCUAUAGGGAAUACACACAGACAGACACACACACACAGAGACACAGAGACACACAGCCCUUGGUAGUUAACGUAAGGGAAUUUUCAGGCUGGAAUUACAAAUCUCCUAUGGAGCCUGUGCCAAUUACUAUGUCUCAUGCCAAAACUUGGCUGUCUUUGCUGUUUUACCUGAGGUCAGGAAGAAAUUCUUCAGAGCUAAAAGCACUACCUAUGCUAAUAUACAAGUGUGAUAAGAAUGCCAAGUUGGAGCAGUUUUACUUCCUAGUUGCCUGAUGUAACAUUUAUGUUAUUAAGUGUGAGAGCUCUGGGUCAGAAGGCUCUCCUGAAAAGAAUUGGGGAGAAGAGAAAGAAAGAGGGAGGGGAGAUGGAGAGAGAGGAGGGAGAGAGAGAGAGAGAGAGAAAUGGAAAAUGGCUCAGUGCCGUACAUGUUACUUAACACAUUUGUAUUAUCUUUAUACUUGUAUCCUACCCUCUUCCCCCGUGCCUUCCCCCCUCCCGGUUUGUCUUUGUAUCCCUAGUACUUAGCACAGUGCCUGGAACAUAGUAGGAUUUUAAUAAAAUUUAUUUUAAUUGAA